UUGCUCCUGCCUGCCCAAGACCAAGGAAAAAAGGGGGAGAAAACCCACCCCUGAAAACAAACCAAAAAUCCCCAAUCCAUGAAGCCCACCACUUCCGCCGCCGCCGCCGCCGCCGCGGCGGUCACCACCGAUGACCCAUCCCCUUCUCCGUCUGAUUCCACGUCCGCGACUUUCACCGUCGACCGCCGCGGGGAUGCCUCCGCCUCCUGCCGGUGGACCCUCCCGGACUUCCCCCGCACCCGCGCCCGCACCUUCUACAGCCGCUACUUCGAGGUCGGCGGCUUCGACUGCCGCCUCCUCCUCUACCCGCGCGGCGACUCGCAGGCGCUGCCGGGGUACCUUUCCCUCUACCUCCAGGUCCUCGACCCCAAAACCCCGGUGUCGUCGUCGUCCUCCACCACGACCACCACCUCCUCCAAAUGGGAUUGCUUCCUUAGCUAUCGCCUCUCCGUCGUCCAUCCCUCCGAUCCCGCCAAGUCGUUGGGGCGCGAUUCCUGGCACCGAUUCUCCUCCAAGAAGCGCUCCCACGGCUGGUGCGACUUUGCGCCCUCCUCGGCCGCCGCCUUCCUCUUCCAGCCCCAUGACGCGCUCGUCAUUACCGCCGACAUAUCGGUCCUCUCCGAGACGGCCUCCUUUGCCGAUGCUGACGGCCGGUUCACCUGGAAGGUACUCAAUUUCAGCAUCUUCCGGGAGAUGAUCCGCACGCAGAAGAUCAUGAGCCCUGCAUUCUUCCCUGCCGCUGCCUCCGCUGGUGGGAGUGACUGCGGGCUCCGGAUUAGUAUCUACCAGAGCAAUGUCUCUGGCGCAGACCAUUUGUCAGUUUGUCUGGAAAGCAAGGAGCCUGUUGUGCAGGUUGCAUCUGGGUCAUCGGCAUCGGCAUUGCCACAAAGUGGUGCAGGGAGUGGCGUGCCAGAUGGUGAUCGUGGCUGCUGGUGUCUUUUCCGCAUUUCGAUCCUUAAUCAGAAGUCUGGUGGGAGCCAUAUCCACAAGGAUUCAUAUGGUCGGUUCGGGGCGGACAAUGCCAGCCUUGGGUGGGGUGAUUACAUCAAAAUGGAUGAGUUUUUGGCUGCUGAUAGUGGAUACCUGGUUGAUGGAGCUGUGGUGUUCAGUGCCUCAGUGCACGUGAUAAAGGAGUCAAACUCAUUCACUCGUAGCUUGCCGUUGGUUCUGGGAAUGGGUGGUGCUGGUGGUGGGCGUGCUGGAGCUAGGAAGUCAGAUGGACACUUUGGGAAGUUUGUGUGGAGGAUUGAGAGUUUCACAAGACUGAAGGAGCUUCUCAAGAAGCGCAAGGUCACAGGUCUUUGUAUCAAAAGCAGACGGUUUCAAGUUGGGAAUCGAGAUUGCCGUCUUAUUGUUUAUCCACGGGGGCAGUCUCAACCACCAUGCCACCUAUCAGUAUUUCUGGAAGUGACAGAUCCCCGAAAUACAACUACUGAAUGGAGCUGCUUUGUGAGCCAUCGUCUCUCUGUCAUCAACCAGAAAGUGGAGGAGAAGUCGAUCAUGAAAGAGUCUCAGAAUCGUUACUCUAAGUCAGCAAAGGAUUGGGGCUGGCGCGAAUUUGUGACACUAACUAGCCUCUUUGAUCAGGAUGCAGGUUUUCUUGUACAGGAUACCGUUGUGUUUUCAGCAGAGGUUCUCAUUCUGAAGGAAACAGCAACUAUGCAAGAGCUAAUUGAUGAAGAUUCUGAAAUAUGCAAUUCAACUUCUGGAUGUCAGAUUGAAGCUUUACCAAAGCGGCCAUCAUUUACAUGGAAAGUGGAAAAUUUCUUGUCCUUUAAGGAGAUUAUGGAGACCAGAAAGAUUUUUAGCAAGUUUUUUCAGGCUGGGGGUUGUGAGCUGCGGAUAGGUGUAUAUGAGUCGUUUGAUACGAUAUGCAUAUACUUGGAGAGUGACCAGUCAUCUGGGUAUGAUCCUGAUAAGAACUUCUGGGUGCACUAUAAGAUGGCUAUAGUUAACCAGAAGAAUUCUGCAAAAACUGUGUGCAAGGAAUCUUCAAUCUGCACGAAAACAUGGAACAAUUCAGUUCUCCAGUUUAUGAAGAUUUCAGACAUGCUUGAUACUGAUGCUGGCUUCCUUGUUCGGGACACUGUUAUUUUUACUUGUGAAAUCAUAGAUUGUUGCCCAUGGUUUGAUUUCUCUGAUCUUGAGGUUUGGGCUUCAGAUGACGAUCAGGAUGAAUUGUCGACAGAUCCUGAUGAACUCAUUGAUUCUGAAGAUAGCGAAGAUAUGAGUGGUGAUGAGGAAGAUAUGUUCCGGAACCUCCUCUUAAGAGCUGGAUUUUCUCUUACAUACGGAGAUAACUAUACUCAACCGCAGGUUACUUUAAAGGAGAAAAUUCUAACAGAUGCUAGUGCGAUUGCUGGGUUCCUUACUGGCCUGCGUGUUUAUCUGGAUAACCCAGCAAAAGUUAAGCGUAUGCUUCUUCCGACCAAAGUAUCCACCAAGAAUGGUGGAAAGAAAGAUGCUUCGAAGUGUGAUUCAAGCUCCACAAGUCUCAUUAGUCUGCUGAUGGGGGUUAGUGCCUUGAAGCAGGCUAUCAUAGAUUUGCUUCUAGAUAUAAUGGUUGAGUGUUGCCAGCCUUCAGAAGAAAGUGGUUCAUCAGCAAGCUCUCCACCAGAGCUUAGUGUUGAAGGUGAACUAACAGAAAGUGCAUGUAGUAAUGUCUGUGCGAUUACGGAACCUAAUAGUGAUAAUAUUCGAGAUAGUCCUACAGUACGAGAUGCAGAUUUGGCUACAAAUGAGAUUACUGCAAAUAAUCAAGAACAUUCUUGUUUUCCUCCGGAAACAUCCGCUACAGAUUUGCCAGCAGAUGAAGGCCCCGAGCAGGCUUCCAGGUCAAAAUGGCCAGAGCAAUCAGAGGAACUUUUAGGGUUGAUUGUUAAUUCAUUGAGGGCAUUGGACAACGCGGUACCACAUGGAUGCCCUGAACCACGAAGGCGGCCUCAAGCUGUCCAGAAGAUUGCACUUGUCCUAGAGAAAGCUCCAAAACAGCUCCAGCAAGACUUGAUUGCCCUUGUACCAAAGUUGGUGGAUGGUUCAGAACACUCCCUUGCAGCUUGUGCACUGUUAGAUCAUCUUCAAAAGUCAGAUGCGGAGCCUUCAUUGAGAUUACCAGUUUUUGGUGCCCUUUCUGAGUUAGAAUUCGAAAGUGAUAUCUGGAAACAAGCAUCUGUUCAUGCACUUGAAUUAUUGUCUGACUCUAACGAUGAGCCUCUUGUAACUGCCAUUACUUAUGUUCUUAAGGCGGCAUCACAUUGUCAGCAUCUUUCUCUAGCGGUUAGAGCUGUUCGAUGGAGAUUGAAAGAUCUGGGAACUGAAGUUCCAGAUUGUGUGCUUGACUUUUUGUCUAAAACAAUUCAAAGCCAACCAGAUGUAGCUGAAGCUAUAUUGAAAGAUAUCGAUUCUGAUCGUGAGCCUGAAAACAAUUGUCUAUCAUCAACAUCAUCGUGUAGUACUUGUUCUACAGAUGGGCUUUCAGCUGAAGGGAUGUAUUCUUGGCAAGAGCAAGCUGUGCAUGGAAGAAAUCAUCUAUCAGAUGUUUUUGCAUUGAUAGAAAUGUUAUCAAUACCUGGAUUAUUUGUUGAAGUCGCACAGGUUUUUGAGAGGGCUUUAUUGCGAGGGGCCUUUGGCCUACAAUUAGUAGCCAUGGUGCUGGAAAGAAGACACUCUUACAGAUCAAGUUCAAAGUCUGGGUCUGUUGUGAAUGAUUCACAGAACAAACAAGUUCUGUUAGAUGGGCAGUUUGAACCUUUGUCUGUCCAAGAAAAUGAUUUCACUUCAGUCCUUGCGCUUGGUGAGGUAUUAUCUCUAUCUACAGAAACGAAGGUUCAAGACUUUGUGCGGAUGCUUUACGCUAUCAUAUUUAAGAUCUAUUCUGAGGAUCAUUAUAGAUAUAGAAUUCUUAAGGGCCUUGUUGAACGAGCAACAAAUACAUCAGAUAACUGCCGAGCAGUUGACAUCGAUAUGGAUGUCUUGGUAUUUCUUGUUAAAGAGGAGUAUGGGAUUGCAAGACCUGUUUUGAACAUGUUGCGUGAAGUUGCUGAAGUUGCUCAGGCUGACCGUUCAAAUCUUUGGCACCAAAUAUGUACUACUGAAGAUGAAAAUAUUCGUCUUCGUGAGGACAUGGAAAUGGAGCAAACAAAUUUCACCAAUGAAAAGAUUGCACUAAACCAACGGCUAACUGAAUCGGAGGCAACUAUUGGCCAUCUAAGGUCUGAGCUAAAAGCUGAGAGGGAUCGUUUCACUCGCGAGAAGAAGACGCUGUCCGAUCAGAUGCGAGAGAUUGAGAGUCAAUUGGAAUGGGUGCGAUCAGAGAAAGAUGAGCAAAUUGCUAAGCUCUCUGCUGAAAAGAAGAAUCUUCAAGUUCGUCUUAAUGAUGCAGAGUCACAACUCUCCAUGGUGAAAGCACAGAAACGUGAAGAAUUAAAGAAAGUGACAAAGGAGAAAAUCACAUUAGCAGAACGGCUGAAGAAUGCUGAAGCUUCAAGGAAAAGGUUUGACGAUGAAUUAAAACGUUAUGCAGCUGAAACACAGACUCGUGAAGAGAUUCGGAAAUCACUUGAGAAUGAAGUGAGAAGGCUGACACAGACAGUUGGGCAAACUGAGGGAGAAAAAAAGGAAAAAGAAGAGCAAAUUAGUCGAUGUGAAGCUUACAUUGAUGGGAUGCAGUCGAAACUGGAAGUUUGCCACCAAUACAUUCGGACACUUGAAACUUCACUCCAAGAAGAGAUGGCUCGGCAUGCUCCACUCUACGGUGUUGGUGUCGAAUCAUUGUCAUUCGAUGAGCUCGAGGCGCUCGCAAACAUCCACGAGCAUAGUUUAAGACAGAUCAAAGCGAUCCAGCAAAGGAAAGGUGGCAGCCAUCUCUUGGGUGGCCCCUCUCUCUCGCACAUCCCUGGCUUAUUCUCCUCGCCCCCGCCUCCUUCAAUGGCAGUUGGCCUGCCGUCCCCGCGCAUCCCCGCAUCCCCGAUCGCACCCAACGGUGCAGGAAUCCACGGGAAUGGGCACGCGAACGGUGCCGGGGGCCGCUGGUUCAAUCCGACCUGAGCGAGAAGCAGACUCGGUUGGAAGUGGGAAAAGGUGUCCAUUUUGUGCAUUUGAUCCAACGGGCCACAUUUGCCUGGGCGUAUUUUGCAGCCGCUGAGCAAGCCAACGCGAUAGCCUUUUUGUUCCUGGCCUUCCGUCAGGCUCUCUCCUUGUACUUACUUGGUAGUGCCGUCGGCUUGAUGUCGCAUGAGCGUAAAGGGCGUCAGCAUGAAAUAAUGUAUGUAAUAAUCAAGGAAACCGAUGGAAAUAUCAGGUGCAAGUGGAGAGCUAUGGGAAUGGUUGUGCUUGCUCACUACUAAAGGCUUUUGUCCUUUUCCUCUCAAGUAAAGGUGCGAUAGAUAAUGCCGUUCGAGGUUUAUUUU